UAGAAGGAACCAGGAAAAUAAUUCACUCCUCAAUAGGUUAAGCCAUAGGCCAUGACAUUUCCUGUUAGUUUCAAUCUUUCCUGCUUUAGAAACACACUUGUUUCUUACACAGUAAAAUGGAGAUGCAUCUCUCUACUUUGCAAUUUCUUGUGAUCUACAUCCUACAGACAGCUGGGUCUCCUGAGUCCUCUGUGUUCAGACCAACUGGAGGAUCCAUCACUCUGGAGUUCCAGCAACACCAGCAGCUGGAGGAGAUUAUAGAAAUCAUACAGUGGCACUUUGGCCUAGUUAAAAUAAUGAAAUAUGUACCUCACAAAGGCACUCUUAUAGUAUUCACCCAUAGAGACAGAGUGGAGUUUAAUAAGGAGACCUUCUCUCUGGAGCUGAAGAACCUGCAGAAGAAUGAGAGUGGACUCUACAGAGGAGAGAUCAGUACUAGAGAGACAGAAGUUCUGGCUGAGAUCAGACUCUAUGUUCUGGAUCCAGUGGAGGCCCCUGUCAUGUCUGUUGUCUCUAACGGGUCCAGCAGUGACUCCUGUAAUGUGACGGUGAUCUGUAGAGGUCGUGACCUCUCUCUGACCUCCACCUGUAACAGCAGCAGCUGCUCUCCAAAGGAAGGAGCCUCCACUGACUCCACCCUCACCCUCUCAGUCAGAGGUGUUGUCCUCUGUAACUAUAGCAACCCAGUCAGCUGGAAACAUGCUACCUUGCGAAUUAAACCUCUGUGUUCAAGUGAUGCAAAAACUCCCCCCAUAACUAUGAUUGUGAUCCCUGCGAUCAAAGCUAUUGCUAUAGUGUUCGUUGCUGGUGCUGCUAUAUUUGUGUAUCGACAAAGGAGCCGAGGUGGUGCAGCAGGAACAGCAACAGGUCCAACUCAAACAGAAUACGCUGAGGUCACGCCGUCUUCAGCUCUAGGUUUCUCUGAUCCAGGAGGCUCCACAUACAGCACUGUGCAGGAUACACAGCCAGCUGCAGCUGAGGAGAGUCCUUAUGAUGAGAUCUGUCUGCACACCCUUGAUGUAGACACAUCCUCUCUGGAUCCACUCAAAAACCCCAGCAGUAAUGGAGGAGUCGUUCCUCAGGAUCCCCCUCAGCCAGACUCAUGCCUCUAUGCUAAAGUGAGGAGGACCUGACACCAGACCCUGGCCUCUAUGCCACAGUGAGGAAGAAAGCUGCAGAAUGAGGCCACUGCUGCAGUUCACCCAUCAUACAUCUCCUGGAAUUGUGAUUGUGAUGAAAUGAA